AGAGCCUCUGUGUCCCCGUGCAAACAAGCAUUCUUCGUCAGAUUACUAGUGAGCCGACACACACAUUACACACACAUACAAACACACUUCAAAUACUGAGACACACUGCAUUCCCUCCUUCUUGAGAGACAUUCAGCAGCCCUGCUCAGUUUUCUUUUUUGCGCCUUAGUCUCUCACGUCUCUCCUUCUUCAAACAACAUAUUAAUCAAUAACUUCAGAGAAGUAAAUGUGAUGUAAUUCAAAACCGAGAGACUUUCUGCCUCUCUCUCCACUCACUCUUUUCCCACUUCACCCCGCCUCCUUUGUCCCUUUUGCUUUUCUCACUUCUCUUCUUGUUCUGUGUUUAAAUGGAGAAGCUGGGUUCCCCGGACCCAGCGCACCCUUUGCCGGGUGCAGGGCCCCUUGAUGGGGUCUCAGUUGCCAAGACAAUGAGGCCCGAGGGAGACGACGCAGCCGUGGCUGCAGUCAGCUCCAAACUUUUUCGGUGUGCUUGGGUGAGGCGUUUGGUACCACUGGUUUACAGAGAGGAACUCUACCAAGUCUUACGGCUCACAGGUCCACUGGGGGUGUCUCAGUUUCUGAACUUCCUCCUGUCAUUUGUUAUCACCAUAUUCUGUGGGCACAUUGGCAAUUCAGAACUGGCUGGAUUUGCACUCGCCUCAGCGAUCAUCAACACGACCACAGCUUCAACGGGCCAUGGCCUCAACGUGGCCUGUGACACACUCAUUUCUCAGACGUACGGCGGUAGGAACAUGAGACGUGUGGGAGUAAUCCUUCAACGGAGUUCAUUGAUCUUGCUGUUGUUUUGUUUGCCCUGUUGGGCUCUUCUCAUCAAUACUCACAACUUGCUGCUCAUGUUACACCAAGACACUGAGGUGGCGAGAAUUGCCCAAAUCUACGCACUGGCCUUUAUUCCUGCUGUUCCAGCCAUGUUUCUGUACGAGCUGCAAGUUUCCUACCUACAAAACCAAGGGAUCAUUAUGCCUCAGUUGUACACAGCAGCCGCAGCAAACGUUUUUAAUGUGGGGGCCAACUACUUCUUAAUCUACAGCCUCGAGUUGGGAGUCCUUGGAUCAGCUUUAGCUAACGCCCUUUCUCACAUCUCCAUCUGCCUGCUGCUGUUUGGCUACAUCCGAUGGAAGAAGCUCCAUCAGGAGACAUGGGGAGGCUGGUCCACCGACUGUCUGCAGGAGUGGGGCUCCUAUAUGAAGCUGGCUAUUCCCAGUACAUGCUUGGUCUGGUUUGAUUGGUGGAUCUGGGAGAUUGGAGGUUUCCUUGCUGGUCUACUGGGAGAGGUGGAUCUGGCGGCCCAGCAUGUGUUGUUGGAAAUAGGAAUUCUAAUAUCUAUGUUCCCUCUGGGUAUCCGUGCAGCUGCCUGUGUGCGUGUUGGGAAUGCUCUGGGUGCCGGGAACACUACCAGGGCCAUAGUCACUUGCAAAGUAGUGCUGGUUCUGGCAGGAGUGCUUGCUGUGUUCCAGGGUUGUAUCCUCGCUGGCUGUAAGUCCGUCGUUGGCUACAUAUUUACAUCUGAUGAAGAAAUUGUGGGGAUUGUCUCAGAUAACCUCACAGUCUACACGUUUGUGCAGUUCUUUGAUGCUCUUCUGUGUGUUUGCUUAGGAAUUCUUAUCGGAUCUGGAAUGCAGAAAAUUGCUGCCUUGUCCAACCUGGUGUCUUUCUACUUCAUCGGUCUACCAAUGGGAAUAGCUCUGAUGUUUGCUACUAAGCUCAGAAUAUUAGGUUUGUGGCUCGGUAUCUUAACAUGUAUAUUCUUGGAGACGGGUUUCUUCCUCAUUCUAAUCUUCAAACUAAACUGGAAGAAAGUAACAUUAAAGGCUCAACGGCGAGCUGGAAAGAAAGUUACGUUGAUACCAAAGCGCCCAGAGCUGAGUGAAGGGAUGGUGAUGGACAUCUCUUCCUGUCCUGAUGAAGCCCAGUUGGACGGUGAAAGAGCUCCUGCAGCGGGGGGCUACGGUCCAGUCAGCACCCAGGAUCAGGAGCUGAAAGGUGGACACGAGGCUGAGGCCGACAACACAAAUACAGGACGACCUGUGGGGGAAGACGAAGGGACCCAAAAGACCUCAAACACCAAACCUUCAGCGCCGCUUUCUGUCUCUGAGCUGAUCUGGCGCCGUGGACUGAUCUUCUUGGUUUCAGCUCUGGUUUUGGUCACAGGUGUCGCUUUUCACAUCGCGUUCCCCGUACAGGAGCCCUCCAUCCAGAGCAGGACCAACUUUACCCAGAACUGGACUAAUGACUCAAGUCCCACAACACUGACCCCACAGGACCUGACCCCAAGCCGCUGAGCGUUCUUUGACCUCUGAAUGUAGACAUCUAGGUCCAUAACAGGAUGUUACAGAGAUGCCAAACUGGAAUUACAAGCCACUUAAUAACCCGCCUGACUAAAAUCAUGAAUCUUUCUUUCUUUGCUGCCACCUACCAAGGACCCCUGUUGGAAAGGAUGAGUUUAAAGGGGUUGAAUAUUGAAUUCACAUUAGCCAGGUGACUUCAAAUCAUUAAUAAUUCCAACAAGUUUGCCAUAUGAACUUAAUUGAUGAUGUCAACUUCUAUCCCUUUUGAUGCAUUUGUCAGCCAGCCACCAACCAACGCACACAUCCACACACGUGACCUUUCACCUUUGUGUGGAGCAUGCAUGUGUAAAAGGCUUAUUCUGUUGUGGUGUUUGGAGAGCGACAGCAUCAUUAUGUUCAGAGGACCAAAACUGUUUCAGUGAUUGAGACUGUAAUGUUACAAAAUUGAUGAACAGGCCAAUUUUUGAAGUCAAACAUUCUUUUGUAUUUUUUUGUUAAUGUUGAAGUUAAAGUUGACAUUGUUAUGUAAUCAUUUAUUAUAGCUUUAUAAUAUAUUUUGUCAAUUAUAUAUUUUAUAUUUGUUUAAGUACUCUAUUUUUAUUUCAAUAAACCUUUUUAAGUUAGCUUUAGCUUACCUAAUUACCAAAUAACGGUUUGCUUUGUUGCAGUUCAAUAUCUUCCUUUUAGAAGUAAUUUAUAGCUUUCAAUACUUUCAAAGUAGCCGUAUUUACUAAGGCCGGUGUUCUCAUGAUGGUUCCAACAGUCCUCCCUCUGUUACCCACUAGAGGCACCGACCAGCUGGAAAAGCUUCAGAUGCAAGUAGGAGACCUACAAAACCUACAAUGUACAACUUUUUCUAAAAUAAAAAACGAUAUACAGUA